AUGUGUCUAAAUAGUGAUCAAAAGAAGCUUUGGUUGGAGAAUCUUAAAUUUUAAUUUAAAAUUANAUUUCUAGGAAUAUUGAUGAUUUAGAUUAAGAUUUAAAUCAAUUGGCUAAACGCCUUGAUUAUUUGGAAGUAAGUUAAAUUAGAUAAGUUUUGUUAGGAAUCAAUUACAGAACAUUACACCCUCGUUUAACCACAAAAAUAAGAAAUCAAAAAAAAACGAAGAACUGCCAACCUUAUCAAAAGAGAUUUUUAAGUACUUUUUUGUUAUAGUCUUAAAUAGUGUCCUUAUGAAAAAUGCGACAAAAUCUAUGGAACUGAUAUUUCAUUGAAUUUACAUAUAAGACUAAAACACAAUGGAGGAUCAAAAAUAGAAAGAGAAGAAUUAGCAGUAAUCUUAAUGUGUUUAAUGUUAGAAAAAAAUAUUAGAGGCUAAAUUCUAAGAUGAAGCAGACCCAAAACAUAGUUUUAAUUUACCCCCCAACUUCAUUGAAGAUUUCUAUAUACAUCAUCAGGAAUAUAUAAACAAUUUAGAAAAAACUUACAAUAAGAGAAUAUUACUUUGA